UAUUGUUUCAAGCUCAGGGUCAAGAAUCUUUGAUUUAGAUAUAGAGAAGAAAAAUGAAGAGACAAGGAGAGCUAGACUUAGUAGAAAGGGUUGGUGAUGAUGAUGGAGAAGAAGAUGGUUAUGAUGCAGUUGUUGUUGGGUCUGGUUAUGGUGGCUCUGUUGCUACAUGUAGGAUGUCAAUGGCAGGAAUUAAGGUGUGUUUAUUAGAGAAAGGCAAGAGAUGGGAAGCUCAGGAUUUCCCAACUGAUAGCUUGAAGAUCAUGUCCAAUGUGAGGAUGGAGAGCCAGAAAUUAGGCCUCAGAUUUGGUCCAGAAGAUGCUCUAUUCCAGGUACAUGAACAAAAUGACUCUUUAGCAGUAGUGGCCUGUGGGCUUGGUGGAGGUUCACUUGUGAAUGCAGGAGUGACAGUGCCAACCCCAGUUCGUGCUAGAAGGAACCCAAAGUGGCCAAAAGAUUGGGAAAGGGAUUGGGAUAUCUGUGAAGCUUCUGCUGCUGCCAUGCUGAGAAUACAAAGUGUUCCCAUCCAGUUUCCUGCUGUGAAAGUCUUUGGAGAAAUAGCUGAAGAACAGAUUGAACAAUGUUUUGAGACUUCAGUGAAGCUAAGCAUAAAUUUUGAUCUUGAAGAGCCAAUGGCUAAUUCAAAGACACCUCAACGAAUGGGCAGCUGUGUGGCCUGUGGAAACUGUCUUUCUGGUUGUCCUUAUGAUGCCAAAAGUUCUACAGACAAAAAUUAUCUAGUUUCAGCAAUCCAGGCAGGAUGUGACAUUAGAACAGAAUGUCAAGCUCAGUAUGUAGUUAAAAACCCGUAUGAUACUUGCCAAGAAGGCAAAAAUAGCAAAAAGAGAAGAUGGCGUGUUUACUUGAAUGAGAUUGACUAUAUAACCAGUGAUUUUGUAGUCCUCUCAGCUGGAGUUUUAGGCACAACUGAAACACUUUUCCAGUCACAAAUGAGAGGAUUAAAACUUUCGGAUGCACUUGGCUCUGGAUUCAGCUGUAAUGGGAAUACUGUAGUCUGUCUUGCUGGAAGCCCAGCACCCUUGAAUUCUUUCGGAUUAGACAGAAAGCAACUCUCAAAGAUACCUUUCCAAGAACGGCCAGGGCCAUCCAUCUCUUCUUCUUACACAUCUUCAUUGGGAUUCACAAUCCAGAGUGCUGUACUUCCAACAGCUUAUCCACACCUGCUGUUUAAAGGAAUUGUAAGUUAUGGUUGGCCAACUGGCCACUGGUUGUUUCAUGGGAUCAUUGAAAAGAUAAGACAUAUUUUGGGUUUUAAAGCAUGCCAAGCUAUUGCUCUUAAUGCAAUGGGUUAUGAUGACAGUGACGGGAAGAUUAUGUGGGACAAGGACAAGAACAGAAUUUGCUUUAGUCCACCCCAUGAUCCUUUACUCCCACAAAUAGUCAAAGCCUUUCAAAAGCUCACUAAGAAAUUAGGAGGAAUCCUCUUCUUAUCAAGGUACCGAAGCACAUCUGUCCAUCUUUUAGGUGGGUGCAAUGCAUCAUCAGAUCCUUCAUAUGGUGUUUGCAACCCCAGUGGCCAAGUAUUUGACCCAGAGUCUUCAGUCAUGGUACACCAAGGCCUCUAUGUCUGCGAUGGUUCUCUAAUCCCAUGUUCUGUUGGCAUAAACCCAUCUCUUACCAUCGCAUCUGCGGCUGAGUAUGUAAGUAGGCACCUUGUAAAGGAUGUUCUCAAGUACAAGAAUAUUGAAAUUGCUUCUCAGAAUCCACAUUCUGUCUCAAAUAAGAAUGUAAAGAGUGAUCAGAGAUCAGUUGUCACAUUUGAAGAAACCAUGAGGGGUUAUGUGGGGGGUAUGCAAUGCACAGUUUUUCUCAAAGUGAAGAUGAAUGCUCAAGAACAGAAGGGCCUCAGUGAUUGUCAUCCUCUUCUAAGAGGCAAAGUUGGUGGAUAUGUGGAAUUAAAAGCCAUUGAGAGGGACAAAUUACAUAUCAUAGAUGGAAAAGUAAGUUUGUGUGAAGUAGAUUACAGAACUCCUUACACGCAGUAUAUGCAUUAUCAUCUCCUCCUUGCAGGUUCUUCUGGCUCGAGAUAUAUUCUCGAGGGAAGAAAGAUAAUGAAUCCUUUUCUCUUUGCAUUAUAUGCUUGGAGGGAGUCAACAACAUUGCAUGUGAUCUUUAAGAAAGUUGCUGAGAACAAUUCCAAGGAAGAAAUGAUGCUUCUAAAAGGCAGGCUCAGUGUCUCCAUGGUAGAGCUUCUAAAGAGCUUGAUAAGCCUUAGAGGAAACAACAAAGGAAGUUACUGGUUGCCAACAGAACCAAAUGAUCUAGUCAGAACUUUACUGGAAGAAGGACAUGAAAUAUGGCUAUUGCAACCAAGGUUGCACCCACUGAAUCCUUUAAACAACUUCACAAUUGAAGAUAUUGGAAGAUUUGAUGUCCCUGCUGCAAUAAAUAGGAUCCUUGAAUUGCAUGGGCAUCGCAUAAAGAUACAUGUUGUUGCACAUUGUGUUGGAGGCUUAGUCAUACAUAUUGCUCUCAUGGGAGGGCAUGUCUCUGCAACCAAUAUAGCUUCUUUGUCUUGCACCAACACUUCAAUGUUCUUCAAACUAAAUACUUUAUCCAUGUUUAAAAUGUGGCUUCCUCUGCUCCCCGUAUCAAUGGUCAUACUAGGGAAGAAUAAAAUUCUGCCUAUGUUGGAAACAUCAAAGUCUAGUUUGCGUCAUCGGCUCUUGAAGUCCAUUGCCCUUAUGAUUCCACGGUAUGAGAGAUGCACCUGCAAUGAGUGUGAGCUUUUUUCUGGUCUAUUUGGAAACGCAUUUUGGCAUGAAAACCUAAGCCCCAGCAUGCACUACUGGUUAAAUAAAGAAAAUGUGACAAUGCUUCCCAUGGCAGCAUUUCCCCACCUUAGAAAAAUCUGCAAUGCUGGUAACAUCGUUGACAGCAAAGGAAACAACUCAUAUUUGAUCCAUCCUGAGAGAAUGACACUCCCUACGCUUUAUAUUUCCGGAGGACGGACUAUCCUUGCAACUCCAAAGACUUCUUUUCUUGCUAACAAGUACAUGAAGUUACACCAGCCUGGUUUUAGACAUGAAAGAGUUGUAGUGGAGGGCUUUGGUCAUUCGGACCUAUUGAUUGGAGAAGAGUCAUAUAAGAAGGUUUUUCCUCACAUUUUAUCUCAUAUUAGAUCAGCUGAAAGAGAAAAUGGAGCAAUUAGUGCUGGGGGAAGAAAGUACAGCAAAGAGGCCAUGGACUGGGAAGAUGAUCCUUAUGAAGAAUAUGGAGGUUUUAGCACUUGGUUUUCUCCCUUUGUUGUUAUUUUGUUGUUUUUCAUGUUAGUUGCAUUAUGCUUGUCAAUUUUCAAUUUUUAA